CGUGGCAGCACACCCGUACCGGGUGGACGUGUUUCUUUGUAUACACGCGCGUUGUAACGUCGGUAAAUAUAAACAUUUGACUGUAACUGUUAAAAAAAAGCGUGUUCCGUGACAGGAGAUCUCAUUGACGACUUGAAAGAUGAGAUGAAAAACGAAGGAAGUUAAAAAUAUUUAUAUACUCAAACAAUAUAUGUACAAGAAUAAAAAUAUAUACGUAAUAUAAAAAAAAUAUAUUUUUAGAUUCUAAAUAAAUAAACUGACAAUAAAUAAAGCCAAAAUAAUUUAUUUAUUACUAUAAAUAUAAACGAAGCAUUAAUUUCAUAUUUAUGUCAAAAAAAUUUAAUAUAUAGUUUAUUUGGUGAUAUAUAUACAUACAGUGAUUUCGAACGCUAGUGAUAUCAAAUUUAAAAUUAAAACAUAGAUAAAAAUAUUUCUUUUUUUUCAAAAUGAGUUUCGAUUCGAAUUCGUCAUCUAAGAAACUAAAUUUCGAGAGAGCGUCGAAUUUUAUGAGGCAGUUCAGAGAUCCAGACUCGAGAGAAUUGAAGAAACUUUCUGCAAACCAGUUCAUGGAAGUUUGGAGCCAUUACGAUAGAGAUGGUAAUGGCUACAUCGAGGGUACAGAGCUGGAUGGUUUUCUCAAGGAGUUCGUGUCCAGUGCCAACUUCACAGACAUUAGUCCUGAUGCUGUGUCAGAUUCGAUGUUGGUCGAGCUCAAAGCCUGCUUCAUGGAGGCAUAUGACGACAACCAAGACGGAAAAAUUGAUAUAAGAGAGUUGGCCCAGCUACUUCCGAUGGAAGAGAAUUUCUUAUUGCUCUUCAGAUUUGACAACCCGUUGGAAUCGAGCGUCGAAUUUAUGAAAAUAUGGCGGGAAUAUGACACGGAUGGCAGCGGCUACAUAGAGGCUGACGAGCUUAAGAAUUUCCUUCGGGACCUGCUGAAAGAGGCGAAAAAAAUUAACGACGUAUCUGAAGAUAAACUGAUUGAAUACACAGACACAAUGCUACAAGUUUUCGAUUCCAACAAAGAUGGAAGAUUACAACUGUCUGAAAUGGCAAAACUACUGCCUGUCAAAGAGAAUUUCCUCUGCAGACAAGUGUUUAAGGAGGGCAUAGAGGGCGCUACCAAACUAACAAAGGACGAUAUAGAAAGAGUAUUCUCACUAUACGAUAGAGAUAAUAAUGGCUCAAUUGAAAACGAAGAAUUACGGGGCUUCUUAAAGGAUCUAUUAGAACUAGUCAAAAAGGAUUACGAUGCCCAAGACCUUUUAGAAUUUGAGGAAACAAUCCUUCAAGGCGUCGAGUACAGCAGCGAUGGGAAAAUUAGUAGGAAACAACUCACCAUGAUACUGUUGGCACUCGCAAAACACCAUCAAGAAGAGGAGCCAUCGACACCGUAAAUAGAAACCGUAUCUCACCGCCACUCCGUCCCGAUAUCCGAACGAAUUUGUAGUAAUGCGAACUUAAAAUUUAAUUUAGUGCUCUUUUUAUUUUUAUGGUAAAUGCGCACAAUGAAUUUUUAACGCACGUUUUUUCGAGCAUAAUUCUUUGACAUCGGAAACCACAGAUAUACAGAGUGAAUCAAAACAUGUCGGACUCUAAAAGAACGUCAUUUUUAAGUCAUUUUAAGACCGCGACCUAAAAACGAUUGAAAAAUGACCUCUUCUAUACAGUCACAGACGUCAUCUUACUACUUGGAAAAGGAUGAUAAUUAUUUUUAUUUCACCCUAUAUAUCUUUUAAACGUACAUGCAAUGGAAAGCUCGCGCCGAAAAAUGUCACGCGAUGGAAAUUCUGUGCGUAUUAACCUUUAGUUCUCAACCGAUUUCACCGUUCAGUGUUUUAAGACUGUGUCGUAAUAAAUAGUUUUUAUUGCCACAGAAUACAAUGCUUAUAUUAUAUAUUUUAGUGACUAUGUCUUGGACAUUUUGUGUAUUAAAAAAAAAUAGAUUUAAAAUAACAUGUGCUGUUAACUUUGGGUCAAUGUUGUUGAAAUAAUAUAGCAUUAAAGUUGUCACAGGAAUGUAUGUGCAAAUUAUGUACCUUUUUAUAAAUACUCAUCAAUCAAAGCCAAAUCAAAUGCCAAAUAUUUUAAUCUAGCGCGUUUUACAUUUAUAAAUCUAUUUUCAUAAAUCGUAUAAUAGAAUUCUACUAGAUAUAUAUAUAUAUAGAUAUCACUAAAAUAAUCUCCGCAUACAUAUCAUUCCAACAAAUACGAUACUGUAAAUGAUAUUUCAUUAAAAAUAAAUAUCUCGGCAAAAUGUAUGUAUUUAACAGUGGUAGAUAAAGCUGUUUAACACACUAAGCGCUACCUUCUGAUAAUCACAUGUUCGAUCCUUGCAUACAAACAUUUUUAUGUCGAAUACCUCUUGUAUUGGUCUCAGGGUAUUUUUCUACUUAUUAUAUGUAUUUUAAAAUCAAUUAUCCAAUACUCAAAAUACAAACUCUGUUUAGUUUGAUACUAAAUAAUGUUAUUUUCAAGUUUACGUACAUAUAAUAU